AUGGCAGAGGCUGGCGAGGUCCAGCCAGGCUUUGAGGGGGUCUUCAGCAUUUUAUCUGGGAUCCCAGAAGAGAGACUCGUUAGCCUCAAACAUAAGCUGAAGCACACGAGACCCUGCCCGAGCAGCUGUAAGCUGUUGCAAGCCAUGGUCCUGCUGACUUUGGGACGAGAGUCAGAGGCAAGGAUAUGCCUGGAUGCUUUGGGUGAUGAUGAAGGAGCCCUCUGUAUCUGGAGGAGCAAAUGGGGUACUGCAGGCAGCGAGAACCCGCUGACUCCCCAGCAAGAGGCAGGUGCCCUCCUGGCCCUGGCACGGAUCUACUCGCUGCUGGUAGAGGAAAAUCUGUGCACUCACCUGGCCAGGGACAAUGCCUACAAGGCUGCCAUUGUGGCCUUCAGAGCCAGCGAGGAUCCUCGGAGAGACAGACUGAGCAGCAUCUUGGCCGAGGCUCAGGAAAAGUGCGCGAUUGACUUCAGCCCCACAGAGACGGGUAAUGAAUUUAAGACACUGAGAUCUGACCCUGGGCAUUUCCCGACUGCCAGCCCGGCUCCAGUGGUGAGGAGCCCCCCAGUGCAGAUCGGGAGCCGAUCGGUUCUCUCGGGGCCACAGACUUUGCGUUCCUCUGGCAGCCCAGCCUCCUUCAUCAGCCACUUUGAGAUCAGCCAGUCCCCCACGAUGGAGUUUCACACCUGCUCAGCUCACCGUAACCAUGUCCCGCAGCCCAGCAAGCUUUGUGGGGGUGCCGCGAACUGCACCAUGCAGCCUGGCGGAGGGAGAGUCAGCCACGGCCCACGGGACGCCGGCCGGUUCAGCAGCUCCUCUGCACCCCCCCUGCAAAGCCGAGUAAGAAGCCACCCAUCUGAGAAUCCCCAGGCCGGUAGCGUUGUUCCCCCAUCUCUUCCAGUUCCCGAAACCCCACUUCCGCAUCCGAGUGCUGUGCACGGUCCCGUGGAAUGCACUGACCCUCCCACCAUGGUGACAGCAGAACUGCAGGAACGCGUAGUCCAAAAGCCAGAACAAGAGUCACCUACUGAGCUCCCUAGCUUGUGUACCCCAGGGCCAGCCUCUGGUUCCAUCCGAAUGCCAGUAGAAGAUUCCUGUGUCCUAACAGAGAAAGCAGAGACGGCAUCCUUCUCCUCUUCAGGGGGCCUCCCUCCUCCCCAGGCAGCAGCCGCCCCCACACCAGAGCUGGACUGUGGUGAGAAAAGGUUCUUCAGUUUCGUUGUCCUGCACGCCAGCGAAGAUGUGGCCAUUGCCUGCCGGGUGAAGGAGAUGCUGGAGAGCAUGGGGGUGCCCGACGGUGCCACAUUCUGCGAGGAGUUCCUCAUCCCUGGGCAAUGCCAGCUGACUUGCUUCCAGGAUGCCAUAGACAACUCUGCCUUCACCCUCCUGCUACUGACCCAGAACUUCCAGUCCCACUUCUACAUGCACCAGAUGAACACGGCCCUGAUGGAUUCCCUCCAGCGGCUGCCCAAGUACAAUUCGGUCAUCCCUUUCUUGCCCAAGGAGAACCCCUCAAAGUGUCCGAUCCCCACCGUGCUGGCGGGGUUGGUGCCUCUGGAUGAGAACUCCCCGGUGUUCUCCAAGACGGUGAAGAACACCUUCCGCCUCAAGAGAAUCAAUGAGCAGAAGGCGAUGUGGAGCCAGUUACAGCACCUCCAGGAGCAGCUCAGGAAACAGCAGCAAUACCAGGCACACCUCCAGAUGCUGCAACAGAACUUAGUUGGUCUGAACUUGGGGUCCCAGCCUGGCUACCCACCCCAAAUGCCUUUGCCAGGACUGUUGCCGUAUCCUGCAGGAAUUCAGCAACUUCUGCAGCAGCUUGUGUCUAGUCUCCAACUCCAGACAUCUUCUCUUCCAAUGUUUGCCCCUCCUGCCACGUACCAGCCUCACCCAGCUAGUCAGUUCAUGCCCACCCUGUCGGCUCCCUCCCCUUCCCAGCACUUCAUCCUCCCGCCCAGCCACCAAAACACGAUGCAGGGGUCAGGAGGCCCCCAUCCCCUCAUCAUUCAGAAUGCUCAAAUGGUGCAGAUUGGAGACCACAAUCAGAUGCAGGUGGAGAGGACUAGGCUGGUGGCUGAGAGCUCUGAUGAAGAGACCAGCGAGAGUCACUGA